AGUUGAUAGAGAGGAUGCCGGAAUCACAAUAUACAGUUUAGAUGUAACUAACUUGACUUUUUAAACCUAAAUUUAAUUUCAUUAUUCUAUCAUUUUAAUGUCCUUACAUGAAAAUAAUUUUUAGAUAAAUUUUUUUUGUAACUUAACUAUUAGAAGUUAAAAUGUUUAAUUCAUUAGUAAAACAUUGCACAAUCAUUUACCAAAAGCAAAUUACUGUUCCAUUAAAUAUCAGGUCUUUUAGUCGUAGUUUGAGAGUUUUCAAAGAUACUGACUCUAAUAAUAAUAAUGAAGGAUGGUUAAAAAAAUUACUAGUAAGACGUAUAGAACCAACAAAAGAACAGCAUUCUCGUAUGCUUUCUGAUAAAGAAGUGAUUUAUGAAAUGCAAACGCAUAAUGUAAGGCCAGAUUCAAUUAAUGGCUAUAUUAAAAAUUAUGAAAAAAUGGUUCAAUUAUGCAAAAACACCCCAAAUAUAAAUUAUGAGCUUAUAGGUUCAUGGUCUGUUCAAGUUGGGGAUUUAGAUCAGUAUGUUCAUUUAUGGAAAUAUACAGGAGGUUAUGCAGAAAUUGAUAAAACCAAGGAAGUUUUAUUUUGUAGUCAAGAUUUUAAAAAACUAUCUAAAGAAUGUGGUGGAUACUUACGAUCAAGACAUUUACAAUACUUACUUGCAUUUAGUUUUUGGCCAGGUAUCGAAUUGAAAUCGGGUUCCAAUAUUUAUGAAAUUCGUAGCUAUAGUUUGAAACCAGGCACAAUGAUAGAAUGGGGUAACAAUUGGGCUCGUGCAAUAAAUCAUCGUCGUUCAAAUGAUGAACCAUUUGCCGGAUUCUUUUCACAAGUUGGCAGAUUAUAUAAUGUUCAUCAUUUUUGGUGCUACAAAAACUUGGAGAUCCGUACUCAAACCAGAGAAGCAGCUUGGAGAUCACCAGGAUGGGAUGAAUGUGUUGCUUAUACAGUUCCCUUAAUUAAAGAGAUGCAAUCAAAAAUAUUACAACCUACUCAAUUUUCACCAACUCAGUAAUAUGGUUCAAAAUUCAAUUUUAUUCAUUUUACAAAAUUUAUAUAUGUUAUGGUCAUUAUAUUAUAUCUUAUUACCUUAAACUUAAAGAUUAUUAUUGGAUUAAUAUAUUCCAGUAAUUAAGAUAAAAGUUAAUUUAAUUAUAAAAUAAAUUGUUAAUUUUAGAUAAUUUA